GGGGGUGGGAGGAUGCAAAGGGGCGUCGCGGGGUGACACGUAGUUGUCCCCGUGCGCAGUCGGGCCGCUCCGGCCGCCCGCUGGCUCUCCCCAGCGGCGCGCGGCCCCUCCUCCGAGAGUCCCCGCCAGCUCCGCCUUCCAGGACGGAAAAGCAUCUCCGCCGUCUCCGGCCCCGCCUUCCUCCUGGCCUCAGCGACCUGGCAAUUCUGUGGCGUCCCCGUGAGCACCUGAUGUAGUGGUUCUGGCUGGCCCCUAAAAUUACAUUCUGGCGGAAAGAUAAACCUUUUCAGCUAAAUUGUGGGUGGUCCCUAGCUUGGGCCAAACAUCCAAGACACUGCAUGCCAGUUGGGACAUCCAUCCUUUCAGCAAAUGGUGCAUUUCACCUAACCAAAUGGUGAAAACAGGAGUGAAAUUAAACAGUCCAGAGAAUGAGGGGUGAUCGUGUUUGGUUUCAGAGAGAUGACUAAUGAACGAUGCUUCAUGACAGAUGAAUAAUGCCUACUGCUUAAAGAUUGACAAGAUGAGGCAAGACUCUCAUUACUACUUAAUCAAGGAAUUGAGGUUGACCUAUCCAUAAAUUCAGAUCCUGUGUUGAAGAGACUUUGGGAACAAGAUGAUCAGGCAGAUUUUACCAUCAUACUCAUAGGAUGCCAGCCAUUGAUCUUUCCCUUGGUGAUCAUUCUCAAGACAGUUUCUGUCUUCAUGAGGCAAAAUCUGAAGAGGAAAGGAUGGUGGCUGGGUGGCCAACAAAUUCUCAGGACUCGGUGACCUUUGAGGAUGUGGCUGUGGACUUCACCCAGGAGGAGUGGACUUUGUUGGAUCAAACUCAGAGGAACUUAUACAGAGAUGUGAUGCUGGAGAACUACAGGAAUCUAGUUGCAGUAGAUUGGGAGAUUUGUAUUAAUACCAAAUGGUCAGCACCUCAGCAGAAUUUUUUGCAGGGGAAAACAUCCAAUGUGGUGGAAAUGGAGAGAAACCACGUUGAAGAGGAACUGUUUAACCGAUGUGAAAAAGCUUUGAGUGAACACUCAUGCCUUAAGACUCACAGGAACACUUACUUUAGAAAGAAAACUUGGUAUCAGCUCUGCAAACACAGUCUGAUCUCCAAGGUGGAUAAUGAAGAGCUGAGGACAGAGGAAAGAGAAAUUCUCCAAGGUGCCUGUACAGACUGGGAAACUCUACUCAAAUUAAAAGAUGCAACUCCUCUGCAGGAUAUUCCUGGGGGAAAAGCACCUAACAGCAUAAAAAUGGCACGAACUCAACCUGGUGAGAAACCCCUGGAAUGUAAUAAUUCUGAAAAAUUCAGAAAGAACUCUCAGCUUUUUUGUACAAGAUAUUGCAAGGGAGAGACAUUCCAUAAAUAUACAGAAUAUGGCAAAGUCUUUGGACAUCUCUCAAGUCUUAGUAGUCAUGUAAGUACUCAAAAUGGAGAGAAAAGUCUUGGAUUUAAUGGUUAUAGAAAAGCUUUCAAUCAAGAGUCAUCCUUUAGGAAACACUUAGGAAAGCUUACGGGAGAAAAGGCUCACGAGUGUGAUGAAUGUGGGAUGUCCUUCAGCCUACACUCAUCCUUCUCAGUUAAUGAGCAAAUACCUACUGGAGAGAAACUCAGUGAAUGCAGUGAUGAUGGAAAAAGAUCCUCCUUUAGUGUCUACAGAAAAAUACAUACCAAGAAGGAGAGCUUGGAAUGUAAUGAACAUAGAAAGGCUUUUACUGACCUUUCGUCCAUUCAGAAAUGUGUCAGAACUCACACUGGAGAGAAACCCUACGAAUGCAGUGACUGUGGGAAAGCCUUCAUUUUUCAAUCUUCCCUUAAGAAACACAUGAGAUCUCACACUGGAGAGAAACCUUUUGAGUGUAAUCAUUGUGGAAAAUCCUUUAGUCAGAGCUCUCAUCUUAAUGUGCACAAAAGAACUCACACUGGAGAGAAACCCUAUGACUGUAAGGAAUGUGGGAAGGCUUUCACUGUUCCUUCAUCCCUUCAGAAACAUGUGAGGACCCACACUGGAGAGAAACCCUAUGAAUGCAGUGACUGUGGAAAAGCCUUCAUUGAUCAGUCUUCCCUUAAGAAACACACACGUUCUCACACAGGAGAGAAACCCUACGAGUGUAAUCAGUGUGGAAAAUCCUUCAGCACAGGCUCUUAUCUUAUUGUGCACAAGAGAACUCACACUGGAGAGAAAACCUAUAAGUGUAAAGAAUGUGGGAAGUCCUUUAGGAAUUCCUCUUGCCUGAAGGUACAUAUGAGAACACACACUGGAGAGAAACCUUAUAAGUGUAUUCAGUGUAAAAAAGCGUUCACCAGAAGCACUAACCUCAUAAUGCAUAAGCGAAUACAUACUGAGCAAAAACUCUAUGAAUGAGAUGACUACAUGGAAAGUAUAUUGUCCUCAUGCCUCCUUCAUGAUAGAACUUACACUGGAGAGAAAGCCCAUUGUGCCCAAUGUGUAAAAAGCCUUCAACUCUUGAUAUAUGUUACAUGGGACAAACUUCAUAAAUGUUAUGGUUCUGUUUCUGUGACUAUUUAUACCAGAGGGUGUUUCAUCCAUUAAAGAGCCAUAACUUAUUAAUUUAUAAGUAUUAAAGAUUGUAUAUCACUAAA